AUGGCUCCCGCUAACCUGCCCUCGGUCUUCAAUGCCACUUCCCAGGACAUUGAGAUGCUGCUUGCAGCUCAAGCCCACCUGGGAAGCAAGAACCUCCAGACUCACAUGGAGCCCUACCUCUGGAAGACCCGCGCCGACGGUGUCAACGUGAUCAACGUUGGCAAGACCUGGGAGAAGAUUGUCCUGGCCGCCCGCAUCAUCGCCGCCAUUGACAACCCGGCCGACAUCUGCGUCAUCUCCGCCCGUCCCUACGGCCAGCGCGCUGUCCUCAAGUUCGCUUCCCACACCGGUGCCGUCGCCAUCGCCGGUCGCUUCACCCCCGGUUCCUUCACCAACUACAUCACCCGUUCCUUCAAGGAGCCCCGCCUGAUUAUCGUCACCGACCCCCGCACCGACGCCCAGGCUAUCAAGGAGGCCAGCUACGUCAACAUCCCCGUCAUCGCCCUCUGUGACACCGACUCUCCCACCGAGUACGUCGACGUUGCCAUCCCCACCAACAACAAGGGCCGUCACUCCAUCGGUCUCGUCUGGUGGAUGCUCGCCCGUGAGGUCCUCCGCCUCCGCGGCACCAUCUACAACCGCGAGACCCCCUGGGACGUCAUGGUCGAUCUGUACUUCUACCGCGACCCUGAGGCCGAGGCCGAGGACAAGGUUGAGGAGGAGAAGCUCCCCGGCGUUGAGGAGGAGGGCCCCGCCGCCAUUGAGUCGGGCUUCCCCGCCGCUGGUGGUGACUGGGACGCUGCCCCUGCUGCCGCUGGCUUCACCGGUGCCCCCGCCGCCACCAACUGGGACGGUGCUGAGGGUGACUGGGCUGCCGCUGGCGCUGCCGGCACCGCUGGCGACUGGGCCGGCGAGGCCUCCGCCGCUGCUGCUCCCAAGGAGUCUCAGUGGUAA